GGAACAGUGGUUUCUUUUGGCCUGCCUACUAUUUCACAUAUCAAAAUGGUGUUCCAGGAAGCAUAUUUGGAUUCUCCCUGGCACUGCACCAACAACUGAAUCCUGUCAAUAAUAAACUGUGGGAUGACCUUGCUGUGUGGGCAAUCAAGUUUUUCUUAAAAGAAGGGGAGGUCGGAGGGGCAGUGUACAUCUACAUCAACAAAAGGGGAAGACAGUGGGAGAAGAUUGAGCCUGUCCGUCUGGAUGGGAACAAAGACUCCAUGUAAAGUCACGCAGUUGAGAACAUUGGAGACGUCAAUCAGGACGGUUAUGAAGAUAUUGCUGUGGGGGCUCCCUAUGAUGGUGUAGGUCGAGUGUACCUUUACUAUGGUUCCUCAGGUGGAAUCCACAAAAAGACAGCACAGAUUAUAACAGCAGAAUCGUAUAAUAUAAGACAAUUUGGAUUUUCUCUGACUGGCAAAAUAGACAUGGAUGGCAAUCAUUACCCUGACUUGGCUAUUGGAUCACUCUCAGAUUCCAUAUUUGUCUACAGGGCAAGGCCAGUAGUCAAUAUCAGAGAGGACUUACGAAUCACCCCAAGUACAAUCAAUAUGGCGGCAGAGCACUGUGACAAACACAAAUGUACAUUCAAGGCACGGGCAUGCUUUACCUACACAGCACAGCCGCCAUCCUACAACCCCAGACUGACUGUCAACUAUGCCUUCGAGGCUGACGCUGAGACGAGGAAACAGAGGCGUUCCUCCAGGAUGGCGUUUCUGUUUCAGUCCCAGGGAGUCCUGGAGCUAGCAGGGCAGGGCAAAGAGAAGUGCACUGAGACCCAACUCAAGCUAUUGGUAGUGACUCUGCAUUUUUCCAUCUCGUCACAACUGUCGUCUUAA